CGGGGCUGAAACGUAAACAAUCCAAAAUUCUAUGGCUAUGUUUGUUUUGUUAAACAUAUUCGGCCCAGAAUUGUAGCAAAAUUCACAGCAUGUAAAUUCAAGUUAACCGCCGGCAACGCAUUAAAUGAAGAGUGUCAUAUAAGUGAGCAGUCAACAGCGCUGGGAUCGAGGCCUGAGCCUCCGGCGUCGCCACACCAUGUUCAAACUGGAGUCCUACAUCACUCCGAUUCUGCUGAGCUACGUGGCCAAGUACGUGAAGAACUUCCGCGACGAGGAUGCCCAAGUGUCGCUGUGGGAAGGCGAGGUCACCUUCCAGAAUCUGGACCUGCGCCUGGAGGUGCUCGAGGAAGAGCUGAACCUCCCAGUAGAACUAGUUUCCGGCCACAUUCAUGAACUCAGCAUCCUGGUGCCGUGGACCAAGCUUAUGUCCGAGCCCGUGAAGAUCGUCAUCAAUACCAUAGAAUUCGUGGCCAAGUUGCCGGAUAGUGAGAGCAAGCAGCGCAGGGCCUCCUUCCAGCGGGAGCAGCGAAGGAAAUCGAAGCGGGAGUCCGUGGAGCAGCCGGAUCAGACGAAGAGUCCUGGACCGGCAAGCUCUUCCAGCGUGGUCAACAAAAUCAUCAACAACAUCAACCUGCAGUGCCACAACAUCAUCCUGAAGUAUGUGGAGGACGACAUCGUGGUCUCUAUGAAUGUGCAGACCCUUAACUUUAGCUCCGCCGGCGAGGACUGGAAGCCCACUAUGGUGGACAUACACCCGGUGUCCGUCGUCAUGCGCAAGUUGCUCCAGGUCUCAGAUUUGACCAUCUGCUUGGACAAGCGCAACACAGCUGGUAGGAUAGAGGUGUGCCAGGAGCCGGUUCUCUACCGAUGUACUCUGGAGUGCCGGGUUCUCCGCAAGUACAACGCCAACACGGUGUCCACAACAAGCACAACACGCAUUGGAGUUUUCACGAAGUCGCUGGAUAUCAACGUGUCAUCUCUGCAGUUCCCCAUGGUGAUGAGGCUGGUCAAAAUGCUGCUCGAGCUUAAGCCAGCCGAGUUUGAGGAUGACCCCCAGAAUCCAGAAGAUCAGGAGGCGGUAGCUGAGGGCAGCGAGUCGCAACAGGGGACCGAAUCCGCAGGACGAAGCGUCUUUUGGUGGGCCUGGAGCCUACUGCCCAGUUUCGAUACUGAGGCGCCUUCCUCGUCCUGCGACACUCCCACUGGUCACGCCUUCGAUCUGGGAGUCUACGCCGAGGAGCUGAACUUCCAGCUUAAAAACUCGGAGUACUUUACCGACCAGAGCAUGGGUGGCAUCAAGCGAAUACGAUACACCCCAAUAUUGCGAAUUAGUUUGGGCGGACUUUAUUACGAGCGGACAAUUCUAAAGGAGUGCGACUGGGCCAACGUCAAGGCGGGCCUUUCUAGCAUGUGCAUGGAGCCAUUAGGUGCUUACCGUAGCGACGAUCUCGUGGAUCGCAACUUGGUCAAUACCCAGGAAUUUCAGCAAGAGCGAUCCUUUAUUGACAAGAGUCUGUUUGACGAGAACUACAUGUUCGCCGAACGGUCCUGGUGCAGCUACAACUACGCGGAUUACGUGGCCAGGAACACGGAUGAAUACAUGCUGUUUCGCAGUCCUGUUUUGGCCUUCGACGUCAUCGAGCACCGGGUGCCUAAGCCCAGCAGCCAUCCCGUGGCGGAGAGCCAGCUCAGAGAUCUGGGAGUUCGCAUCCAGUAUCGUCUAUUGUCCGCCGGAAUCACGUUCCACUUUUCGCAGUCGUUCGUCCAGGUUAAAAAGGUAAUUAGUGAUUUAAUUCGUCCUUACGAUUACCCGGGAUAUCGUUCAGAAUCGAUGAAGGAUGAGGAUCGCGGUGUCCCCGAGCCGGAAAACAAGAACUCUGAAAUGACUAUACCUGAUCUGGAGUAUCUGAUGGGAUUGGUGCCCACUUGUAACUACAAAAUUGAGUUGCGUAACAUUGUGGUUCAGUUGUAUCCCCGCCAGCAGCAAGAUGAGUCAUCCGCGAUCAAUCAACACCAACUGACGACCACAGUCAGACAAUCUUUGCUACCAUAUUUGCAGCUUAAGAUCUCCCUAGUCGAGGGCACAAUGUGUGGACCAGUGAAUCCUGUUCGCCUGGUCCAACUGAUUACUCAUCUAGAAGAGAAGCCUCGGGACGUGGUUAAUGCCUGCUACAACUGUUUUCACUUCAAUGUGAAAAACUUGGCGCUUAUGAUUAUGAAUACAACUCCGGAUAAUGGACGUGCCAAGCUUUUGAAUAUUCCACGCGUUCAAGUGAACUGGAACCGCCUUUUGGCGCCUCAUCUUUGGCGUCAAAACGAGGCGCCUUUAGAGACUUCGGAAAUAAAAUCAGAGAUCAUAACUUUAGAGUUCUCAAAGCGCGAGCUAAUCAUCGCAAAGCGCUUGGUGCCGUUAAUUUCGAGUUUCAGUGGCCAAGAUCUUUGUGAUCUGGCCCACAUUGUAGCCAAUGUCAACGUCAAUUCUGAUGUGAUCAAGCUGCAGAGUGUGGGCACCAAACUAAACCUGGUCUAUCACAAGUACCAUACACAUUUGGCUGCAGUGGGGUCACUUCAAGGUGUCCACACUGAUGCCGUCCAUACCAAAAUGAAUAUACGCAAUGUGGUGUUGUCCACUUCAAAGAAUGCAGACAAUAAGUGGCUUGAGAUGCAGUGUCAGUUUCCCCUGGAGGAGGUCCAUUCGGAGCAGGAAAAAAUUCCCGGCACAGUGGUGUGCCUUUGGUUGGAACCAUUUCGCAUCACUACGGACAUAUAUUUGCUGCAGUUCCUAAAUUUUUCGGACAACAGUGGAAGGCAAAUUACAAAAGACAAGGAAGUAGAAACUGAUUUGGAGUCUGUGAACCAGUCGGAGCCACCAAUUACACAAUCGGUUUCGAAUUAUUCCACGAUUUCUGCAUCUGCGAUCGCCUUCAAUGAUUUUCAACCGCGUCGAAUCAGCAGAAACAAUAGUCGAAAGAUCUCGGUCCCCGAGGAGACAGUUCAUCUAAGUUCCGAGCGAGAUGAGAGGCACACCCAGGCAGAACCUUUGACCAUACCAGUGGCCAAUAAGCCACAACCAAGUAAUUUCGAUACAACCGAUUUUGUGAAGCGGCUGACAAAAAUGGUAGUGCUGGUAGAGAUCGCUCAGGCUAAGAUUGACGUAUGUGAAGUAAUGAUGCGAAAAACUCCUGGACAUACCGAUGUGGAGUAUACUUCCAUUCGCCUGCCGCACAUGAAAGUAAAAUCGGGCAAUUGCGAGGCCAUCCAACGAGGAAACAUCAGAGGAGUUAUUCCAGUUGCGAGUAACACUGAGCUAUUGAAUUGGGUCUUCGACCUAAACGAGUUUAACGUUUGCUAUCGCAGAGCUAAUGUGACCGAGAUGAUUAUAGCUCCAGUGAGGACCACGAUAACCUUAGCUCUGUCUUUCAAGACAUCUGAUAAAGUUGACGGAAGUAAAGGAAAAGAGGAUAAGUGUGCUAACACGUGCUCUAUAAAUGUGCAUGUGGAUAUGUCUGCCAUUAACAUUUUUGCCCAGCGGGUGAAAUUGCUACAUGAGCACUGCUUGAUUAUUUCCAAGAUGUACGGUUCGCUGUGCCCGGACGAACCUGCAUCCAAGUGGCAGACAGGAAAAAUGAAACCCAGACUGGAAGUGUACACUGGGAGUGCGCAAAACUAUCCGGUUAUUAAGGAGUUCCUGGAGCUAGAUCCAAACUUCGAAGCACCGAAAGUAAAAAGUGCUCCCAAAAGCUCAGUUAUACUAUUUUGCCAAUGGACAAUUCCGCGUAUCAGUUUUGAAAUGGAAAACUCCAAUGAUUUCAAACACAGCAAAAUCGUUAUGAGUCUUGAGGACUUACUCCUGAAUAUCGACAAGCAUAGUGACUUCAACAAAAUUACCACCAAAAUAGAAAACUUCGGCCUUAACUACUAUGAGGAAAAGCAUGAGGAAUGGGAAAAGAUCGACGACUUGCAUAUCAAAAUGCUGGGAGAUAGCACAAACUUGCCAUUGAUUAGUGUGGUGAUCACCACUGUGAGCCUUGAGGAUCUUUACGCAAAGAUUGGGGCAAGAAACCCUCACAACAAGCAGCACACUAUCUCUGAGGUCCUCAUCGAGGUGCAACCGAUAGAAAUGGUGCUGAACCUGGACCAAAUUACCGAGUUUAUGGUCCCAAUAUGCGAGGUCCUUGAAAUUAUUGGAAAUUCUGCCUCUGCACAGUCAGCGAACAAACCGAGUGCUCCAGUUCCAAGCAAGAUCACAACAGUUCAAGAUCUACCAAUGGUGCAUUUAAACAGCAAGGGAAUCUAUGUUUAUCUUCCUCUGUCUACAGGCAAAAAGAGUUGCAGUGUCCUGCUGCUAAGGAUUGAAAGUAUUCAACUUACUCCGAGUCUCGAAAAUCCUCUAGUUCGUCAGCUUGUCCGACCAGAUAUCUACCAAAAAGCAGCAGAGCUGAACAUGCUCAGCACUCCGGGAGCACUGGUGGAGGACCGCCAGUAUGAGCUUAGUGUUCGGAGGGUAUCUCUGUCCACCGGAAACUGGAAGCAAACUCAAGAGUAUCGCAUAGAGAAGACUCUGGCAAGCAAACAUGACAAUCCCGCAUUCGAGUGGAACAAUCAAAGUCAAUCCACCGAGCUGGAUCAUAUGGAAAUAUUCAAAGACUUUGAUUUUAUCAUGAUUUACGCACCGGCUAUAAGCUACGAUAGAUUUUUGGUUUGUGGACAGAGUGUGGAGUAUAAUUGCGCGACCGAUUUUGUGGCUUCCUUGAACACUCACCAAAUCAGUCUGAUUAGCUGCAUCAUAGUGCGCGCGCAGCGAUUGGGUUGUAUAAUCGACCAGGUCUGUGUUAAAAAUGCUGAGUUACCAAAAGCGAGAUCACAUAAAACGCUGGGAAACAUUUCCAAAUACAACAGCGUGGACAACUCGAUAUAUUUUCCAGCAGAUCCAAAAGUUUUUAAGAAGGAUACUUGGAUCCCAAAAUCAUCUAAAAAGCUGGUCAGCGAGAGGUUAAGUUACACGAAUGCAAGCACAAGUUUUACUGAUGCCAAAGGCAGUAGUGACUACUUCUACGGUUCCUGCCAAAGCGAUUCUGGAAUUCAUUUGGGCACUCGGAUGAAAGGAUAUUCAAGAUCGCUUGCAGCGGAAGAGAUUAAUCGGAGUGGACGCCAACCGUUUGUCCUGAGUUACCCCAGUAGCGUAUCGUUUGUGGCCGGUAUAUUCGUUCUUAAGAUCUACGACGUUUUGGAGUUGGAAGAACUGGAAAGACCUGUCAUGAAACCACUUUUUUUAAUGACUGUAUCUCAGCCCAGUUUCAUGUCUACCCAAAAUUUCAAAGCAGCCGUAACACAAGCCUCGAUUUUUAACGUAAACAUAAGCGUAGCCAAGGCAGAUGUUGAUGGAAAAGUAGAUUCGGAACGAUUUAAUGAGUCGGUAUUUGCAACAUUACCCGGACAACUGGGAAGCUCGGGUAUUCCGCCUCCGUUGCUUACUAUUAAGACUCAAUAUGACCGCCUCCAUCAGAAGGAAGUAGAUGUGGAGCUUCGGAAACCCAUCCUUUUAAGGAUUUGCGAAAACACUAUCAAACAAUUGGCAAGUGACGUUUUCCGUAUCUACACUGUUCUUCACGAGACUCCCUGCUUUAAUGUCCGUAGUCCGCGUCCUGUGCCCGAAGGAUCCCAACUCCGCCAGUUGAAGAUGAAUUGCUACAACGCGGAUAGGUUUCACUUGUCAUGUGAUCGUAUAACUGCCAAGUUCUACGAUGAGGAAAGGAGCUAUAAAUGCAGCUUCGUCUGGCUGGAUGUCAGCACCCGCAUCAAGUUUAGUAGUCGCCCUCAGAAGGCGGUUAUAAGGUCCAACAUAGGAUCAUUCUAUGUGCAGUCCGGAGAAAAGAUGCUGCUCCACCCGUUGCUUAUGCGUUUGUCCGUAGAUUUGGUCAGUGAGCCAUGGUCUGAGGAGCUAUUGGUCAAUGCCACACUCAAGCUAAAUUACCUUCACAUCGACGCGGGUGUUUUCAGCAUAUUGCAACUGCAAAAGGCACAGCAAGGAGUGAACCGGAUACGCGAAUAUGCCGAUCGGGAAUGGCAGCAGUUCCUGCGCAGUCGUCCUGUUCUGGGCACUCCGAAAGAUGUCUCACCCUGCAAUCUGAUUAAGUGCACUCCCUCACACGAAUCGAUAGAGCGGAUUAAACGACCGUUGAAAUCGAACGCGGAAUUUUAUCAGGAUGACCUGAGAGCUGGCGCCUUCCAGUUCGUGUAUCUGAACUCCGAGUCUGUACUGCCAAUGCCCUACCAGGUGCAGAUCAUUAAGAAAAACUAUGGCAUCAUCUGCUGGCGAUAUCCGCAGCCGCGCCAGAUGACAAGCAUACACAUAUAUCCGGUUCCUAUGCCAGUAAGCAGACCCAUACAUAUCAGAUGUCGCAUGGAGUACUUUAGUGAGACGCAUGAAACUUUCCUGCAUUACUGCGAUUUUAUGCUCUCGGAGACCUCUACUAAGCAAUUGACUCCACCAGAUCGUCCGAUCUGUGCAACCAUUUGGAGGGUUGUAAUACUGCAAUCGUUGAUAUCUGUAGACGGUACAUGUUUUGAAGGAAGUGAGGAUGAAGACCUCUCGAUCGAGUACCUCCAGUCGGACUUCAAAGUGGACGAAAACAAUGAUUUUAUUUUGCAUCCAAAAGUUCUUGUGGGUUGCAUGCGAAUCGAUACCGUUUUUAGGGCAGAAAAAGUGCCAAAACUGCAGUUGUUGCUCUGCUGCCAGGACAUCGAACUGAAUUUUGUGAACCAGACGGAUAACACUGGUGAACUGCCUAAACAAUUGAACAAGUACCGCCUUAGGCAGACCCCUAAUAUUACGCAAACCUUUCUUACUGUGCACGUGGAGGAUCUACAGAUGCAUUCGAGGAUAUAUUCCAGAAACGAUUUUAGUUUGCAGACCGAAAUGCGCGCUCGAGUUAAGUGCUUGGACUAUGGAUUCCUAAACAUGCUAGAUGUUCUAGAACCAAUGAAGUUCUCAAGCUAUGUAAGGCUGACCGACUAUCCACGCUCUCUAGUGCAAGCUAAUUUCCUAGUGGAUAAGCUUCGGUUGAACUGCGGACCCCAUGUGAUCCACACUUUGCUGAGUUCCAAAUACCACUGGCAGGAAGUUUUGCAGCAGAAGGAUGUGCGGCACGUUUUGAUGCCAAAGUUGGUUAUAGUUAACCGGAUACAGACGCCCAUAAGCUUUGGGCAAACGAACACUGUCGAAAAAAUCCCCGUCAAUCCUGGUGAAGUGCAGCUCUAUCACUUCCGCAGCUGCUCCCACGUCCAGGAACUAACCUUCUUCAUUACAAAUCCCAAAACUCUUCUGGUGGAUUCAAGUGAUUCAGUACAUAUAGCACUUAAGUUCGAGGACGAAGAAAAAAUCCAUAAUUUGCGGGUCGGAGAGUAUUGUAUUACUCUCAAGUUAGCAAAACUCUCCACCACCCAAAUUUAUAUUCUGGUCAAGGGACAAAUAGAGUUGGUUAGCAUGGUUCCCUUCAAUCUGGUCACUGAGUUUCGCGAGGAGGAAAUAAAUUACGACGAAAGCACCCCACCGGAGCAUCUCCUCCUGUCCAAAGAAAGAUCAUCCUACUACCAAAAUGUCAAGCGGAACGCCGAUAUCAACAUGCGGCUUAAGCUGACCGCCGGACUUGGAAGAGGACGCACUGGCGACAUCCCACUGAAAACUAACAACAACUUGCCUUGGCUGGUCAAGGUUCCUACGCAAUCUGCUCAGCAGUUUAUCAGCAUUUGGGUGCGAAUCUUGCGUGAGGACAUUAAAAUGGAUAAGCCCGCCGAGGACUUUCAGCCGCAGAAGAUUCUGAUCUGCAUAUGGCCGAUCUUUGAGAUAUGCAAUAUGCUCAGCUGUGCGGUCAAGGCUACCGAAAGUACUACCGGGGAAAGUUCCACAAUCGAAGCCAUGGGAGGCAGAUGGGCACUGAACACUGCUACAACCCAUGCAACGGAGCAUAACAUUGGCUUUACAUUCUCGGGUAUUUUGCGAGGAUCUUCAAAAGAUGAAUAUUCGCUUAUGUUAAGGACAAUGGACUGGCACAAGUUCUUUUAUUAUGAUCCCACAGUGUGGACCAUCGAAAAUGCUCUGCAUAAGCUUGGCAAGUCAUCGAAGCGCAAAUGGCCACUGAACGAUCCUGAAGAAUUGCGGGUUAGCCGCGUGCUAGAUUUUGAAAAUGCCUUUGAUGUAAAGUACCAGACUAAGGCGACGAGGGAGUUCUCCUGCUGCCAAGGACUGGACGUGACUGCCUGGGGCAUGUUCAUCAAUGGAACGGGCUUAUAUGUAGCCAUUUUUAUGAUCCAAGAGCAGGCGCGCCUUGAUCUUAAAGCAAACAGUUUGCAAAUGAUGCCAAAACUCAAAAGUGCUUUCACAAUUGAUGUCCGAUUUGACAACGGGUGGAAAUCCUCAACUCCGAUCUGUUUGGAAGACUUUACCCAAAAAUCGUCCAGCAACGCCGGGCGAUCAUUGUAUCUGCGGUACAAUUCAUUCGUGGAUAUAGUUAUAGUAGAAAGGGAUGAAGUAUUGCGCCUAAUACUGGAAUACAGGCAGGAAGACGACGGACGUCGUUUGUUCAAAUUGCGAUCAAAAUUCGUAUUCACUAAUUUUACGGAUGUGGUCCUUAAUGCCCUGACCCUUGCUAUGGACCACAAGGAGAACUCUACGCGGGAAGAAGUGGAGGCAUAUUCAAUUUGCAAAAAGGCCCGCAGUCUUGUUUCAUCCGAAUCAACCAAGAAUUGCUCGGGUAAUGCAAUGGACGUCUUCUACGAUCUUAACGCCCAUAAGGCUAAGCAUAACUGUGAUACAGCAUUCGUCUAUUUCGUUUGCUUUAGUGUUGGUGGUAGUCGGGAGAUCUCCAUACCCAUUCCCUUGGCCGUACCCUUCACCAGACGCUGCUUCAGCUUGCAAGCGGGACCCGAGUCCAUCCCAUUGAUGAUCACCCUAAUAGAGAAGGAUAAUGUCCACUACUUAAAUGUGUUCCGGGACACAGCACCUGCCAUUGUUAUUAGCAACAACACGAAUGUCAAGUUUAUUGUGGCCCAAACGAGUGCUUCGGAGAACAGCAAUGUGAGCUGCACAAACUCGGAAUUUGUGGGAAGGAACUUCGAGUGGAAUCAGCUGGUCCUGCCUCACAGCAAUUGCUAUUAUACCCCUCCGCAGAUGUACGCUAACUUUCCAGAUGUGGAAUUCACAAUGUGUAAUUUAUCCUUGGCAGUUUACAAAGAUAAGCUUUGUGCCAAGAACAAGAUCGCUUGGUCAAAACCCAUUCGCACCGACAAGUCUUGGCAGAAAUUCCUACAUGUGCCUCACCACGGCGACGUGAAAGUGGUUGUCUGUGACAAGCAUCGAGCUAUACGACUGAACAUCUACUAUAUAGCUCAGCAGCUGGAGUUUUCGGUUAAAGACUUGCGAUCACGUUUGACAAAACCCGAGAAUGUUUUGAUGCCAUCGCAGGAGCAGGCUGCUCCGAGACCAGAUGAGAGCUCGGAGCAAGAGAACGACACUAAAAGGGUAACUUUACCGAAUAUGGUGACGUGUGCCCAUUUCAACGAAGAGUGUGAAAGCAAAACGCAGACAAGGAUCAAAAUUUUCAUCAAGAGCUUUGUGUUCAGCCUGCAGACAGACAACCGGGAAAAUGACUUCGUGAAGACGGAGGUGUGCAAUAUCUAUGCUGAUGACUCCAUGCUUAUCUACGACGACGACGACGAUCAGCGAGAGCUGCGAUUGCAGUUGCCAAACCUUCAGGUAGAUAACCAGUUGUACUCCAGUGGAAAGUAUGAUUUUCCCGUCCUGCUUUGUGCGGAAAAACUGUACAGAAGGAAUUGUAGUCUGCCACAGGUCUACGAUUUGGACCAUGUAUAUAAGCAACAGGCACAACGAACUCCCGUCUCUCUGUUCACGUUCAUUUUCUACCAAGAUGAAAUGCAACUGCAGAAUGUGCGAUGUCAGAUUCCACCCUUCAGGGUGUACAUCGAAGAUGCCUACCUGAAUCAACUGCUGGAAGCAUUGGUAGAGUGUGAACCGUCCAAUUGUGUCUAUAGUCCCCCUGUGGAGCAGGAUCAAAUUCUUCUGCCAGCCGGGAUGACCCUUUUGCCCGAUCAAGUUGUGGCCCAAUCAUUGUACAUAUCGGAACCCUUGCGUCUUAAUAGUUUUACGGUAGAGCCCCUGAAUCUAUUGCUAUCCGUCCAUACAUCUUCGAGGCUCUAUAUAGCACUAGAUCACUCUCCCCUAUCCUUUUCACGCUACGAGCGUCAGCAAAUCCUUACAGUUCCCCUCCGAUUCGGACAAUCUCUAGGACUGCACUACCUCAGCGGAGCGAUUUUCGGAGCCGGCUGGGUCGUUGGUUCCCUAGAGAUACUGGGAAGUCCCAGUGGGCUGGCGCGCUCGUUCAGCACCGGUCUGCGAGACUUUGUGUCCAUGCCCGUUCAGGGUCUGUUCCGCGGACCUUGGGGCUUCCUCGUGGGAGUGACGCAAGGUUCUGCCUCUCUGCUGCGAAAUGUGACAGCAGGAACCGUGAAUUCCGUGACCAAACUGGCUGGUUCAGUGGCUCGGAAUCUCGACCGGCUGACUUUGGACGCUGAGCACAUCGAACUGACCGAGGCGAGGCGUAGAGCUCGGCCACAGGGCUUCGCCGAUGGACUGACCCAAGGUCUGACUGGAUUGGGCAUUAGUUUACUUGGCGCUGUUGGCGGAUUGGCCCAUCACACCCUGGAGGCACGAAGUUCCGUUGGUGUUAUCGCUGGUCUCACCAAGGGCAUUGUUGGAGCACUAACGAAACCAAUUAGCGGAGCAGCUGAAAUGCUAGCCCUCACGGGCCAGGGUGUUCUGCAUACGGUGGGCUUUAAUGCUAUGCCCCAACAGGUUGAGCCCAGUUUCAUUCGAAACGUUGCCCUGCAUGGAAGCUCCAAUCGCAUAUGGAGCUAUUUGCCCGAGGAGUUGAGCCGCGAUCAGAUGCUGUUCUUUAGUGAGAUCAUGCUGCAGAUCAGCACGCAGUUGCGCCCAGCCUUGCUGUUUCUAACCUCGUCAGUAUUGGCCAUCAUGCAGUCGGAUAGCGAAGACCUGGCCUUCGCCUCUCCCAUUUCCAAGGUGGAUGUGUUGGCGGACCGCGAAGAUCCCUCCAAACUGUACUUGAGUCUGAAAUCCGAGAGGAGGGAUGACUUUGAAGGGCAACUCAACUACACCAAUGAGCGCAUCAUGAAGUUCCUGAAUGCCUCUCGACUUCAAAGCAUCGCCAACGAUUCGCUGAAUGAUCUGCUCCAGCUACACGAACUGGAUGUGGACGACCGAAUCCAGCGGCAAUCGCAGUGCAUCUUCUACAUUAAGCCCAAUAUUGGUGAACACCUGAUCCACUACCUAAAGGUAAUUAGUCGGAUUCAACAUUGAUAGUAAAUAUGCAUCUGUGCGUACGUUUCGGAUUAGUCCAAAGUAUUCCUAGAAUCCUGUGUAUUUUAUGCCAAAAA